AUGAAGACAAUCAGUUUUGCAACCGCGCUGCUGGCGGUCGUCUCCGCCCACAGACUCGGAGAAAAUGUUCAGUUCGGUCGCGAUGGAGGCAAUCCUCAGGCGCAUGCACGCGCCAGUGAUGGAAAUGCGCCUCUAUUUCCAUUUUUGACCAAGCUUAGAGACAGCGCGGUAGAAGUACUCUUCGGUCGACAUCCCACCAAAGACUCUGCCAGGUCCAUGGCUAGCAUCAACAGCUUACGCAACAAAUACGCCAACGAGAUUGUCAUGCGGUUCAAUGUUACCAAUAUGGAAGAGGAGAAAGCUCUUGCUGAAGCCUCCAGUCGCCUCUUUCUCGAUGUCUGGGGUGUCACUCGUGACUACGUCGAUAUUCGCAUGCCGACCAACCAGGUCUCGCCACUCCUCGGCCUACUUCCAGAAAAGCUUCAGUCUUCACAUUUCGCAUUGAUAUCCGACCUUUCGAGAGCGGUAUACGAUUCUCUACCCAAAGAUACGCCAUCACGUCUACUAGGGCCCAAGAGUAAUCCUGAACGGUACCCCAACCCCCUUACUGUGUUCGAUGAUCUUUUCUUCUUAAGAUAUCACCCUUUGAAGACGGUCAUGCAGUGGAUGCAGCUGCUCGAAUCCAUCUUCCCAGAGCACGUCAAAUACAUGUCUAUCGGGCAAUCCUCGGAAGGGCGUGAUAUCCCUGCUCUUCGAGUUGGUCGCCCUGGCGUGGAUGCUGGAGAUGGCCCAAGAAAGACCAUGGUAAUAACAGCUGGUCUUCAUGCACGAGAAUGGAUUUCGACUACCACAGCCAAUUAUGUGGCAUGGGCACUCAUCACCGAAUUUAACAAAGAUCCGGUCAUUACCAAGUUUUUGCACCAUUUUGACGUUGUCAUCAUUCCGGCGCUGAAUCCUGAUGGCAUGGAAUACUCUUGGCAAAGUGAUAGACUUUGGCGCAAAUCCAGACAGGAAACCAGUCUUCGAAUGUGCAAAGGCUACGACCUGGAUCGAUCAUUUGGAUUUGGCGAUUCCUCCGACCAUACGCCGGGUGAUCCUUGCUCUGAAGAUUACGGCGGCGAAGAACCAUUCGAGGCCGCUGAAGCUGCAGCCUUUGCAAAAUGGGCUCGCGAACAGACGGAGAAGAAUGAUGUGAAGUUUGUAGGGAUGAUUGAUUAUCACUCUUACUCGCAGCAAAUUCUUUUUCCGUAUGCAUAUUCCUGUGCCGUUGAGCCUCCAAACUUGGAAAAUUUGGAGGAACUGGCGGCUGGUAUCGCAAAGACGAUUCGUAUAUCCACUGGAGAGUCGUAUAGUGUUUCGCCAGCGUGCGACGCUGCCAUGGUUGCAGAUAGCACAAAACUUGGGUUUUCACGCAGCAGAAUCAACGAAGGUGCCGGCUCUGUCAUGGACUGGUUCUACCAAGACAUGAGCGCUCAUUUCAGCUAUCAGAUUAAGCUACGUGACCAUGGCCUUUAUGGAUUUUUGCUCCCGGACGAGGAGAUCAUCCCGACUGGUCGAGAGAUGUUCUUUGUGAUGAAGUAUGUGGCCGAUUAUUUGCUGGGCAAUAAUGGGAUUGAAACGGUCAAAGAGAUGUCCAAGGACAAUGACAUAUUAAAUCAAGAGCUUCGUCGUCGCUAUAUGCGCCGCUAG